CGAAAGAGGACAGAUUGUCGAGUGGAAUGGCACAGCGGCGGGCGAAGGCGGGGCCUGUCAAACGGCCGUCAGCGCUGGCUGCAUCGUCUGCACAAGACAUGGAGGCUGCUACCCCCUCCACGACGAUGAUGACGCAAAGUCCACGUGCCAGAUCAGCAAAAGCACACGCAAAGGAGGACAGUUUGUCGAGUGGAAUGGCACAGCAGCAGGCGAAAGCGGUACCUUCCAAACGGCCGUCGGCGCUGGCUGCAUCGUCUGCAGAUGACACGGAGUCUGCUACCCCCUUCACGACGACGAUGGCGCGAAGCCCACGUGCCGGCUCAGCAGGGGGCCGCGGUGGCAUCCGGCGCUCGCGGCGGAAAGAAGAACGCCUCGCAGAAGAAGUAAGAGACAUUCAGCGAGACAUACACCGCCUCGAGGGCAAACGCGACUGCAUGCUCGACUACCCGAUGCAAGCCACCGUGCUAAACGACCGCUACUCGACCAAGAUCAUGUUCGAGUAUUGCACGUUGUUUGAGUUUGGGUUCGACCACAAGAACAAAUCCGAAGGGCAGAGGCAGGAGCAAUUCAUUCGGUCCAUCAUGCGCGAGGACCUCCACAUCACAGGAGUGACCUUCACGUCCAAGGGCGUGGACAAGCUCGUCAGUGCCCACCGCAUGUACGCCUCCAUUCACAUGAACUACCGGAUGAAGUUUGUCAGUUCCGCCAACAUCCUGGACGAUUCAGGGGCCGUGCUCGUGAGCGAACUCAAGACGAUCAUUUCUCAACGCAUCACACGCAAGAUGCUCGAAUUGUACUACCCCCUUGUGUUCCAGUACGAGGCGCUUGUGCAAUUGCUCCUUGGCCAAAUGAUCGAAAUGAUCGUGAUCCAGCUGUACGAGUUUGACUCGCUCGGCUGCAUCGAAGGCUACGUGCCAAGGAUAGGAGUCCUCGAAGCGUUCUCCGACCUCCUGGGGAACGCAGACCUCGGCGCGUUGUGCGCACUCGAACACAAGCUACGCACCAUGUUCCAGUAACUGUGUGGAUAUGUCUACCCGCCCUGCCUAGCACACACAAUGUCGUCAUUCGAUGCAUUUUGCUGCAGUCGCUGCACUGCAUGCUGCCAUGGCAUCGCCGCCUGAACCUGUCUCUCAGCGUUGAAUUUUGCUAUGACGUCACCGAAGCAGGCAAUGACGGUGCGUCGGAUUACUGGAACAACGACGUGGGUUCCCAGUUCUUCUUGUCUUCGAACCAUGGCGCGUGCCAGUUGACGUACAAAAUCGGCCGCCGCACGCCUUCAACUUCAGCUCCUCGAGCAGCAGUCGUGUUGGCCAGCCCUAAGUGCAGGACGCGGCAGUCGAAAACGACGACAUCACCGGGGCCAAGGUGCGGUCGGAUCGUCUUGACCACACACUCUUCGACACCUCGUCCAUCCUCAGCCAUCAUCCUUGCGCACGUUGCAAGGCGAUGCGACUCGAGCACAAAUGCCGUCUGGCCAGCGUCGAACCCUCCAUCUUCGCAGGCUGGAAGGAACAUGUGGAGGAGGUGCGGCGGCAAGUCCAGUGUGUUGAACAGAUGUGGAAUGUCGGCGUGUAUCUUCUGGUUGAAGCAGCCGGGAGUGCUCACGAUGGCGCCGACGUCGCCAUGGAUGAGUGGCUGGCGACUACCGGGUCCACCAAAGCUAAAAUUCCACAGUCCGUAGUUGCCUGCAUUGAGCGGACCGCCAUCUGGUUGUGCCACGUCUUCCAAGAUGGCAAGCACAACAGGAUGACGUGGGUUGAUUUCGCGACUCGUCCGGUCGGAUGGGUCGGGAUGGGUUUCGCGAAGUUUGGUCAGUCGAGGGGUGUGCCGGAGAUCGCACCGGAACGCUUCUCGCGUUGCAAACUCGACAAAGUUGUGGCGAGGCGGUUUCUCGCCUGGUUUGAACACGUCCAUGUCAUGGCGCUCUUUUAGAAUGCGCGCGACAUCGGCAAAGUCUUCCAGCGCCGCGGCGCUCCAUUUUCGAACCGUGUCAGGGUCAAACAAGCCACGGAGAAUGACGACACCGUAGUCCCGAAGGACGCGAACGGCUCGCUCAUGCGAUUCGACGGACAACACGCCAUGCUGCCGCUCGUUGUACGUGCGGCCGAUAGUGACGGUGUCAAUCCAUUGGCGUUCGACGUCAAGCGCGAGAGACGUUGGUGGGUCCAUUCGAUAGUGCACUGAGUUGGCGACCCCCGCUCGACGAGUGAGUGCAAACUGCUCAAACUUCGACGAACCAAACAUCAGCGCAGACGAUGACAACGUUUGAGAUGUGCUCCAUAGCUCAGACGUCCAAUCGACUGAGACACUCGACGGAAUUUCAGUGAUGACCAGGCCACCGGGGAGCACACGGUCGUGAAGACGCUCGGCAAUCUUCGCCGCAGCCUCGCCGGAAAUGGCACUCACCUGUGCAAACGAAACAAGGUCCACGACGACAUCCACAACCUUGUUUACGUCAGACACAAGCUGCCAGCCUGCAUCGGUCAGCCGCUGUUCCAAAAGCUGCUGCAUCUCGGCAUUCGCAACAAUGACGGCUGUUGGACGUAGCACUAAGUCCACGGCAUGGGCCUUUUGCCGAGCAGGAUAGUGCCGCGCAAUCUCGGUGAAGAUGCGUCCAGCGAGUAACGUGGCGGAUCCGUGCACCGCCGUCUCGGCGACUCCUUCGUCGUCGUCGCUAUCGUCGAAGCAUGCCCAUCCGUCCUUUGGUGCUACGGACAUGUUCAAUGAGGUUUUGGUUGGUG